AUGGCUCCUCGAAGACAUGAAUAUUCCAUUGAUAUGCGGCAAAAAGUGAUCCAAACAUUUUUGAAAGGUGAUUCUCAACGUCAGAUUGCUACUGACAUGCUUCUUCCAAGAACUUCUGUCCAAAAAAUGAUCAAAAAGUACAAAGCAACAAAGUGUUUGAGCAAUUUGGCAGGUCGUGGAAGAAAACGAAAAACAACAAUUCGUGUGGAUCGACUUAUAGAACGCAAACUGAAAUGUGGUCGAAGGAAACCAGCACGUAUCGUGAAGACAGAACUCGAACAAGAGCUAGGUGUACACAUAUCUGAACGUACAAUCAAACGACGAGCUAAUGAAUAUGGACUAUUUGGUCGUGUUGCUCGAAAGCGACCAUAUGUUAAUAAACGUAAUCGAUUAAAGCGUCUUAAAUUUGCAAAAACGAUGUCUGCCAAGCCGCUGAAUUUUUGGGACACUAUUCUUUGGAGUGAUGAAUCUAAGUUCAACUUGUUUGGCAGUGAUGGUAAAGUAAUGGUUUGGAGAAGUAAGAAAGAAGAGUUUGAUCCAAAAUGCACGGUACCGACUGUGAAGUAUGGUGGUGGUUCGGUUACGGUUUGGGGAUGUUUCUGCCGAUCUGGUGUUGGUAAUUUGGUGUUUCUCGAUCGCAAUAUGGAUAUGCAUUACUACGUUGAUAUUCUCGACAAAAAUUUAAUUCAAUCUGCAAAACAUCUGCGUCUUGGGCGUCAGUUCAUCUUUCAGCAAGACAAUGAUCCCAAGCAUACUUCAGGCUUGGCGAAGGCAUGGCUGAAGAAAAACAAAAUCGAACUAUUGCCUUGGGCUUCCUUCAGUCCAGAUAUGAAUCCCAUAGAACAUCUAUGGGAUGAGCUUGAUCGUCGAGUAAAGAAACGACAACUAACGAGCAAAUCUGAGCUCCAAAGAGUCCUGUUGGAAGAAUGGAAUGGGAUUGGUCGUGACGUUACAGAAAAGUUGGUCGACUCAAUGCCAAAUCGGCUUUACGAAUGCAUCAAACAGAAAGGAUACCCUACUCGUUAUUGAUGAACUGAAAAUGCGUUAUUCUUUCUGAAAAAUGUAGCUCAUCUAUACGUGGACGCUCAAUUUUGUCUAAUAAGAAAACUCUUUCUUUUUCUUUCGUUUUAAAUAAAACUCGAACAACAUAUAAUUUCGAUCUGAAAAUUUCCCCACGAUUAGAACAAUCAAUGGUCUACAUACUGCAUAAAUGCAGAAAAUAGUACCUCGUUUAAUUUUAAAACUAUACGAAAAACGAGGUUAGUCUAUAGAAGUGGACGCUCAAUUUUGGCCGCCACUGUAAGUUGAAUAAAUGUUCACACUCACGCCGAAAUCCGAACGCAGACAGUCGUGUCAGUCUUUCCUCUACCACCAUUCUAUUUGCAUUAAAUUUUUUUUUUCAUAGUCAGAAGAUGAAGAAAUCAGAGUACAUUAAAUUAUUCCAAAAAUCAUCCUUUCCGAAUAGAGAACUAUCGUGAAUCUGUAAUGAUUCAAAAAAUAUAUUUAAAGAUUGAUUAAAAAAAACAAUUCUCUCUAAUCAAAUGGAUGAAUUUCCACACGAACAGGAGUGUGGGCGAACGAAGUUUUACACUCAUAGUUCCAAUUAAAUUCGAUCUUUAUUUUUCGAAAUGUCGCAGAAUAUCGGAACUCUAAGGCUAGCAUGAGCCGUUUCGUUUCCUCCAGGCUUCGAUACUUACUAAUGCAAAUAUUCGCGGUGCACACGCCACUUUGACAAUCAGAAUUAGAGAGGCAUCCUUCGUUGUCUGGGCAUAAUUUGCCUUCAGCAACACAUGUAUCACCGCAAUCGAUAUCCGUUUCAUUUCCAUUUUUCACACCAUCACUGCAUGUCGGACCUAGAACCCAGAAGUUACAUGCCAAAUUUUGGGAAGUGUGAAGAAAAACAGUUGGGUGAAAAGUCGCAGAGAAAUUCAUAAACGAUGCAGAUAUAUAGAAACGAGGUGAUUGAAGAUAGUAUUCCCGAUUACUCUUGGCUAGAAUUAAAUCUAAUGUCAACAUGUUAGUAGCGACAUUCACUUUCUGAUACAAUAGUUGGGAUAGGUCUGGUAAGAUAUUAACAAAAAUUUCGAUGAUUAUAUAUUUUGUGCCGAGAGAUACUUUAUAUUCUUCGCUUUUGUAAUGAUCAUUCUUAAAUUCGUUAAGGAUAUUUCACGUCAGAAAACCCGUUUUUCAAAAAACACUGAGACUGGUUUUCUAUGAGAAGUCGAUGCAGUUAAGUUGUGCCUUUCGGAAUAUGUAUGAUAUGGCGUCUUCUCAUUUGCGAACAUAAAAUCGAUACUUAAAAUCUCUUAAUUUCGAUCUCAGUUAUUUUUUAAAUUGCAUUUAUUCAAAUUGAAUAGAAUCUUAAGUCUCUAAUUUUUGUUUUCAAAUUAUCAACAAAAUUACUGAUAACAGUUGUAAUACUACUGUUAAUUUCAGUUAUAUUUUGAAAACUAGGUAUUAUUUAUAGAGCUCGGUAGAUAUUACGUUUCACUAUUUCAAUUUACUGAACUGACAUUUGUGGAGUGCGCUAAACUGUAGUAGUGCUUCUUUUCGUUUUAAUUAAUUGGAAUUUAUAGAGUUCCCAUACACUAUCGUCACUAUGGAUGUUGUGAGUUUUUUUCUGAAUUUAAGCACAUCCUAUGAUUCUUAUCGUAGAAUGCAAUCAAACAUCGAAUGUAGGUAUGCAACGGUGACGAUCAAUGAUCGCUUCACCGUCACCGUUUAACCGCUCCGAAACGGUGAACGAUCAGAUCGAUCAACCGGUGAAACGGUCCCCGGUUGCACCGAUCAACCGAUGAAACAAUCCCCGGGUACACCGAUCAACCGGUGAAACGAUCCCCGGCUACACCGAUGAACCGGUGAAACGAUCCCCGGUUACACCGAUGAACCGGUGAAACGAUCCCCGGUUACACCGAUGAAACGAUCCCCGGUUACACCGAUGAAACGAUCCCCGGUUACACCGAUGAAACGAUCCCCGGUUACACCGAUCAAUCGGUGAAACGAUCCCCGGUGAAACGAUCAACCGGUGAAACGAUCCCCGGCUACACCGACCAACCGGUGAAACGAUCCCCGGCUACACCGACCAACCGGUGAAACGAUCCCCGGUUACACCGAUCAACCGGUGAAACGACCCCCGGC